UUGCCAGCAUGACGCUAAAGCGUGUAUUUAGUUAGAUAAUUCAAGUUAUCUAACAUUCAAGUUAUCCUCAGGACCUUAGUUGAGCAAUUUCUCAUGCUGGAAAAUGUUGAGUAAAGCAGGUUGUGCAUUUUAUUGAGUAGUCUACAGUAUUUGCAGCAAAUUAAAUUUUGGAUAUAACUUUCCAUAUCUAUCAUACUAUCCCCCAAAAAAGUUUGUCUACAUAUGAACGAGUUGUAUAAAAUCUUUGCUUAUCAUUGUGUGUGCGCGCGCACGUGUAGUGAUAUCAGUCUCGCUCUCAGCCAGUUAGAAAGACGCUUGUUGCUUUUUUGUAGCACGCAAACAUCUUCCUGCUGUUGUUGCGGAUAGAGUAUUAGCACCAUGGCCGCAGUGCGCAGCCUACGGGUGUCGGUAAAGCCAGACAGCAGUUCAGACCGUUCGGAAUCGGACACGGAUUCAGACUCAGACCAAGAUAUACGUGAAUCGGAACCGAUGGAGGUAGAGGAGGGAGAACUGGAGGUAGAAGACAUCCCAGUUAACCGGUCCUUGAAAGAACUGUUGCCGGACACAAGUCGGAGGUAUGAGAACAAAGCUGGCACAUUCAUUACGGGAAUUGAUGUCACCUCAAAGGAGGCGAUUGAGAGGAAGGAGAAGCGAGCAGAAAGGUUCCACUUCCGUGCAGAGGCCAACCAAGCCCAGAGGAAUGUGGUGCUGGAUAGAGACACCAUGAAGAAAGCCAUCCCUAACUUGCGCCUGGAGGCCUUGCACGUUGCGGGUGUUGAUGAUAUGAGCACCCAGGAUGUGUUUGGAUACUUUAAAGAGUACCCUCCAGCACACAUUGAGUGGAUCGAUGACACCUCCUGUAAUGUGGUGUGGUUGGAUGAUGUCACUUCUACCCGUGCUCUGAUCAACAUCAGCUGCAUGCCUGACCCAACGGUGGUUACCGAGGAGGAGGCAGACCGCACCAAAGAACCUGGGGAUUCUACCACUGAGACCAAGGGUCAGUGUCCUUAUACUCGCAGAGAACAAGGCUCUGAUGAUGAAGAGGAGGGAGAAGUGGAUGAUGAUGAUGAGGAAGAGAAGGACAUGGUGAAAGAGAAGAGCAGUGAGGGGAAAGCCAGUGAGAGUGAGGGAGAGACAGAGAAGAAAACUGAACCUGAGAACACCCAGGUGGACUUGCUGUCUCAAACAGAGAGUGAGUCUCUGCUCCGGAAUGACCUACGGCCAGCCACCAAACCCUUCAAGGGCAACAAACUCUUCCUGAGGUUUGCCACUCAUGAUGAUAGGAAGGAGCUGGGUGCUGCAAGGAAGAGUAGAUACUACAUGAAGUAUGGCAACCCCAACUAUGGAGGCAUGAGGGGAAUCCUCAGCAACUCGUGGAAGCGACGAUUUCACACACGCAGAAUUGUGAGCAAGAGCAAGAAACCACUUAUAGGGGAUAGCAUGGGACACACACCACCCUACACACACAGACACUCUGCGGACCUAGUCAACCUACCAGAAGAACCAAUUGAGGAGGAGGAGGAGGAAGAGGAUGACAAUGAAGAAGAGGGGGAGGAGGACAUGGACUCAGACGACCGGGUGGUAGAGUACAAGGAGAAAGGGGAGAGAGGGAGGGAGCGUGUAGGACUAGUUGGGAGGACGGGGGGUCCAGGGCUAGCCCUGCGGAGUCGUCUGGGUAGGCCCUCCUCUUCUCCCUCCAUCUCGUCAGAUUCAGAUGAGAUGGACUACGACUUGGAGCUAAAGAUGAUCUCAACACCCUCCCCCAAGAAGAGCAUGAAAAUGACUAUGUAUGCAGAUGAGGUUGAGACAAACCUCAAGACUAUACGACACACUUCUGUUCGGAGUGACAGUGGCUCGGCCGGUAGUGGAGUCCGGAACAGAAUUGGUGGAGGAUCAAUGGGCGGGACCAAAAUCAGUGUUGUGGAUCAAGUAAUGGAUGUGAGGCAGCUACUAGAGGAGAAGAGACAGUGUCUCACCCUGAACAGACAACGCACCCCUGUGGCAUCUAGUGGGAAGACAGAUGUGAGACAGCGGUUAGGGAAGAGGCAAUACUCUCCUGAAAGACGACGCUCCAUCUCCCCUGUUGCCUCCCGAGACUUACCUCCUCUUAGAGAGCCAAUUACAGAUGUGCACAGCCGCCUGGGGAUGUCCAAACAAGACACUCGUAGGCUGUACUCUGAUUCACCCAAAGACAGGAAAUCAAGUCGUCUGUGGAGUAGGCUCGGCCCCUCCCAUAAAGUUGAUGCUCCCAAGCGGAAGCCUUCUGGUCGUGGAUCGGGGUCAGGAUCAAACAGCUCCAGGGUAGGCAUAGGACACGAAGAUGAGGAGGAUGACUCUGCCCUGCAGAAGGUGUGGGGGGCCCUGAUCAAACAGAAGGAGCAGCAGAUCCACAAGCUGAAGAAGAGUCGGCUUGACAACCUGCCCUCACUACAGAUUGAGAUCAGCCGGGAAAGCAGCAAUGGAUCUGAUUCAGACUCCUGAGGGACAAACAAAGAGGAGAGGAGGGAGGUAUUACAAUAAUGGGUGGCAGACAACUGUAGUGGAGAGGUAUGUGUCGAUAGAAAGAGGUGUACAUUAGUGUGUGAAGUGAAGUAUGAAUACAAAGUGAGGGAAGGUUUUGAUCGCUGUAUGUGAAUGAGCAGAAAGGGGACCACCUCCACCUACUUGAGUUACCUUUCAAUCUCUUUCUGGAGAACUCCUUUAAUCCUUAAUUGCCGCUGUAGUUGUGGCCUCGUCCAUGGUAUGAGCAUGGAGGGAGAACUGAAAUUGGACAAAAUUGUAAAAGACUGUUUUGAGGAAACAUUCUGUUUGUCUAGACAGGAGGCUAUUUUGUUUUUGUAUUUUUCGUGAUCUCGGAAGCCUGUGGGACUGGUGUUCUGAUUAAAUGUAUUCCUGUGAUAACAUUUCACCCUCUGAUAGCCUACCUACACAUCUCAAGUCAUGUCCAGUCCUUAAGAGCAAUAUCAAUGUAAAGUCAACUAAAGACCUGUAGCAGAGUAAGAGGCAGAUACUGUAUUGCAUUUGGUAUCUGUCAGUGACUUUAAACAACAAAUAUAUGAUCUGUGGUAUUUAAAUUUUUCAUAACGGAUGGGGCCAUAGAGAAGACUAUUGCAAGGCUGAUAUCAUUCCACCAAACAAAACGACUGCAUUGUAAAAUGUUUUUGGCAACUAAAGAAAACUAAUUGAAACAGGACUUUUUUUUUGUCCAAAUGAAAGUCUUUUUGACUAAAUUUUCCAUCGUUGUUUCACUCUAUUUGAAAUGUUUGGCACACAAUUGUUUGGCCAAAUGAAUACAACUGAGACAAAUAAAUUCUCUACUGAAAGGUUU